AUGAGCAGAGAUCAUCGAGACGAUGAGCAAAACAACGACGACAACAACACGACAACAGCAGAGACAACUAUAGUAUUUUCUGAACAAAAUAAUUCAUUGUUGGAUGAAGAUGACUACGACGAUGGAAAACAACAAGUAGAUUUAGAAAAGAAUGGUGGUGGUGGUGGUGGAAAAGGAAAAAAGAAAGAUGGUAAUAAGGAAUACGAACGAUUAGAGAAUGGAUGUGAUGACAAGACCAACAAAUUCAUAACAAAGUCGGAUGAAUGGCCACCAUGGAAACGAAACUUGGCGGCGGGUAUAUGGAUUGUGAUAUUUGUCAGUCUCAACCUUUCCUUGUCAUUUGCCAACAAGUAUCUCUUUACGAUUGGAUUCAUGAACCCUGUGUUUGUCAUUUUGACAGGCACCUUUGUCACGUUUGUUGGUAGUUGCAUAUGCGUGUUUGGAUUCAAGAUGAGUACGUUUCCAAAGGCGGCACUCAAGCGUCGGUGGAAGAUGAUUCUGCUGUGCUCGACGUUUCAAGCGCUGACCUAUGUACUCGAAAACAUUAGUAUCAUUUCGAUCCCCAUCUCACUCAACCAAAUCAUCAAGGCGACGGCACCGGCAUUCAUUAUAUUCUUUCAGAUCCUCAUUGAGGGUGUGAGGUUCGAUGCCACGUCGAUUGUGUGCACGGUCAUCAUUAUCAUUGGUGCCGCGUUGUCUGUUGUCAAGAACCCGUCGUUUGACAAAUGGGGAUUCUUUUAUAGUUUGGCGUCGACGAUCUUUGCAGUGCUGCAGAGUAUCCUCAUCUCAUCGCUGCAAAAGGAUAAAGACCUGACGACGCUGUCGAUCGUACUAUGCACGUCGCUGCCGUCGGUGUUUGUCAUUAUCCCAAUUUGGGCGUACAAGGAACUGCCCAGUCUCAUCCACGACCCCUACCCCGACCCACUCAAGCCAUGGUUGAUUGUCGGCGCACUCGCUUUUGCCGCCUUCUUUUACAACUUGUCCCAUUUUUACAUUAUCAAGUACACGUCGGCGCUCUACUAUGCCAUCGUCGGAAACGCCAAGAUCAUCCUACUCAUCGUCAUCUCGUCGGUCAUCUUCCACACCUCGUAUGUCGCCAUCAACUAUGUCGGGAUGGGUCUCACCCUCGCCGGCUUCUUUGCCUACAAUAUCAUCAAGUAUCGUCAAAAGGUGUUUGAUUCCAACUCGACUAUCGACCACACCGAAGCAUCUGACUGUGAAUCAAAUAACAAUAAUAAUAAUAAUAAUAAUGGUAUAUGCUUGGACAUUUUAAAUAGACUUGGCAAUAACAACAACAAUAAUAAUUAUAAUAACAACAAAUCACCAAAAAGAAAGAAUGCUACACCAAAAUCACAAAAUCAAUCACCACUUUUACAUUCAUCUCCAUUGCCAAAUCAAUCAUCGAUUAAUAACAAUGAUAAAUUCACCUAUUUUAAAUUAAUCAUAAUCAUAAUUAUAAUCAACCAACCAACUAACCAGAUAAUAUCCAACCCAUCAAAUAUCCAAUUCCAAAGAUUGGAUAAUAGAAUUUACUCUAAUCUUCUACUCUACUCCUCUUCCUAUUACUACUCGAAAAUGUUGAUGAUUUGUAUUGCUGGUGGCACUGCUAGUGGAAAGACUACUGUUUGUGAAGAGAUCAUCAAGAGACUUGAAAAUAAGCGUAUUUCAGUCAUUUGUUUGGACUCUUUCUACAGACCAUUAACACACGACGAAUUGACAACUGUUGCCAGUUAUAACUUUGAUCAUCCAUCUGCAUUUGAUUGGGAUUAUGCUACUCGUGCCAUCAAGGAAUUAAAGAGUGGAAAUCACUUUAACAUUCCAACCUAUUGUUUCAAGACUCACAAUAGAUUGGAAGAGACUACCCCAAUCGCAGACAUUGAUGUCAUUAUUUUCGAGGGCAUUCUGUCACUCUACACCCAAGAGAUCCGUGAUCAAAUGGACAUUAAGAUUUUCGUCGACACUGACUCUGACACUCGUCUCUCGAGAAGAGUAUUGCGUGAUAUUGCCGAAAGAGGACGUAAUUUGGAAGGUGUCUUGUACCAAUACGAAAAGUUUGUCAAACCAUCAUUUGAUGAAUACAUUUUACCAACUAAAAAAUAUGCUGAUGUAAUCAUUCCAAGAGGAGCCGAUAAUGUUGUUGCUAUCGAUCUUAUUGUCAGACACAUCCGUUCAAAACUCCAAGACAAGGAUAACAAUAUGAAACCAAAUAGUGUUGGAAAUCACUAA